AGUUCCCGGACACCUCGGCUCCUCCGCGGUCAGUUCUCCUCCUGAUGUUCCCGCUGGUUCCUCCGGUGCUUCCUCCGCAGGCUCCUCCAACCUCCCCGGCUCCGGUCCACCCUCAGUCCCACAGACCCUCCGCUGCCUCCCGCUUCAGCCCGAACAGCGAGCCGGAGGUCGGAGCUCCGGCCCGGGUCCAGACGGUGAGCGGGGCUAGCUGCGAGGCUAGACGUUAGCCGAGCAGGCAGCGGGGCGAAGGCUCGGUCCGGACGGCCGGCACAGCGAGCGCAGCAUGGCCGGAGGGAACCACAACACGGCCAGGGAGGAGAAGGCGACGAGCCGGGGUCAGAGCGAAGCCAACAGGAGGUUGAAGUACAUCAGUCUGGCCGUCCUCGUGGUCCAGAAUGCGUCUCUCAUCCUCAGCAUCCGAUACGUCCGCACGUUGCCCGGCGACCGCUUCUUCACCACGUCGGCCGUCGUCAUGGCGGAGGUCCUGAAGGUCCUGACCUGUCUGCUCAUCAUCCUGCUGCAGAGGAGAUUUAAUGUGAAGGACACCGUCUACUUCCUGGUCGACUCCAUCAUGUUUCAGUACAAAGACACCUUAAAACUGGCCGUUCCUUCUCUGAUCUACACGCUGCAGAACAACCUGCAGUACGUCGCCAUCUCCAACCUGCCGGCCGCCACCUUCCAGGUGACCUACCAGCUGAAGAUCCUCACCACGGCUCUGUUCAGCGUCUUGAUGCUCAGGAAGUCUCUGUCCAGAGUUCAGUGGGUUUCUCUGCUGCUGCUGUUCGCCGGCGUCGCCAUCGUCCAGGUGCAGCAGGAGGGGAACAAGGAGGCGUCUGUGUCGGGCGGCUCUAACCAGAACUACACCGUGGGGCUGGUUGCCGUGGUGAUCAGCUGCCUGUCGUCGGGCUUCGCCGGCGUUUACUUCGAGAAGAUCCUGAAGGGCAGCUCGGCCUCGGUGUGGGUGAGGAACGUGCAGCUGGGGAUCUUCGGCACGGCGCUCGGCAUGCUGGGACUGUGGUGGAACGACGGCGCCGCCAUCGCCCGCCGCGGCUUCCUGUUCGGCUACACCGACAUGGUCUGGGCCGUCAUCUUCAACCAGGCCUUCGGCGGCCUGCUGGUCGCCGUGGUGGUCAAAUACGCCGACAACAUCCUGAAGGGCUUCGCCACCUCCUUCUCCAUCGUCGUCUCCACGGUGAUGUCCGUCUACCUGUUCGGCUUCCACGUGGACCUGCUGUUCACGGCAGGGGCGGGGCUUGUCAUCGGCGCCGUCUACAUGUACAGCCUCCCCAAAGCCACCGCCUCCUCCUCCUCUUCCUCCUCCUCCUCUUCCUCGGCGGCGGCUCCGAGGACGGACGGCCCUGAGCUGGAGGCCUUCCUGCCAAAAGCUGAACCUCCUUCAGACUAACAGCUCAAAGCACAACGGCAGCAGCAGGACGAAGAUGAUGAUGAUGAAGGAGCUGCAGCACCUCAGAGACUCUGACCUCCGUCUGUCUGUCUGUUCCCUCUCUGCCUUAAAACUCUUUCAGAGAAACGCCUUACGCUCAAAUCUAGAUCAUUUAUCGAUUAUUGAUUAUCGUUGUUACAGCCGGAGGAGAAUCUCAACUGGAUGUGAAACGGAUGUUUUCACUCUGCAGCCUCCAGAGCACUCACGAUUCCACCUUAAAUAUCAACUACUUCCUCCUGAAACAGGACUGUGAAAGGAUCUAAGGAGGCCCAGAGCAGCCAACAUUAAAUCCUUCUUUUAAAAAAAACAAAAAAAACAAAAAAAACGUAAACUAAAUGCAUUUUUCUAAAUAUAGAAAUGGCACAAUUUAUUAUGUUAAGAAAUUAUUACCACAAAAAAUAUAUGAAGUGAAAAUAAACAUUUUCCAAAGAAGGUGACAUUAUAGAAUAAAGGAGACUAUAAGAAAUAUUCAGUAAAUUAAAAAAAAGUCAAUUUCAACGUACCACAAAAAUAAGCAUUAUUAAAUAUAAAUUCACAUUUUAAAACAGGUGAAAUUAAAUCAUUUAAAGUGCAAAUAUUCAACAAUUAUUGUUUGAAAGAAAUAAAAUGAAAUCAUAAGAAACUGAACUUUUUACACAAUAUAUAAAUUAUAUAUUUUGCUGAUUACAAAAAUCUCAAAAUAUAGCAUUAAUAAAUAUAAACUAAGUGAAUUAAAAAAUGUCAUUAUGAAAUAAAAAUGUUUAAAAAAAAGAAAAUUUGGUGUUCAAUAUCACUGCAACCUCCAAAACACUCACAACAACCAGUUCCACCUUAAAUAUCAACCAGUUCCAUCUUAAACAGGACUGUGAAGAAGUUACGGAGGCCCAGAGCAGCCAACGUUAAAUCUUUUUUUUUUUUUUUUUUUAAAAACUUUUUCGUUUUUUAAAGCAUUUUGAAGAAUAGAAAAAAAAAAUUAAUUCAAUAAGUUAAGAAAUUAUUGCCACAAAACAAUUAACAAAAAAGUUGACAUAUAUUAAAAGCGACUAUGUUUAAUAAAUAUUUAAUACAUUUAAAAAAGAGAAUAAUAAAAUCCAUUUCAACGUACCACAAAAAGGGACAUUAUUCAAUAUAAAUUCACUUUUUGGGUGAAAUUACAUAAUGUGCAAAUAUUCAAAUUUUUUUUGGGAAAGAAAAGAAUCGUAAAAACCAGAACUUUUUACACAAUAUGCAAAUUAUGUAAUUUGGUGAUUUAAAAAAAUCACAAAAAUUAGCAUUAAUAAAUGUAAAAAAAAUUGAAAGUGUAAUUAUGAAAUAAAAAUGACAAAAGGAAAUUUGAAAUGAAAAUGAUUUUAUAUAAAUUAAUAAAUUAUAAAAAUAGUUGUGAUGAAUAAUAACAAAUAAAUGCAAUUAAUAUAUUUCAUAAUUUCUUUCUUUUUAAUUAAGUUACAUUUGAACACUCUGGGCCUCCGUAGUUCCGUUUAUCAAACCACUAAUAUCAGAUUUAUUUAUUUAAUCACUUGUAGAGACAGUUUUUUAAAUCUCUCAAAAUCGACAUAUUUAACGUAACCGGAGACGAAUAUCAAUCGAGUUUCUGGUUUGAAUUUUCCAGUUAAAACGGUUAAAAUAUGUGGAAUAAAAUCAAACACCUGAACUGUUACAGCUGUAGUUUAUUCUGAAAGGAUCUUUACCUCUUUAAAGUGAUGUUUCUGGUUUUCUGCUGCACAGUGAAAACAGCUUAAAAGUGGUUUUGGUUUUCCAGCUGGUGUUUGUGUUCGGUGCCUUUUCCCUCUCAUCUGUACAGAAGCCAUACGAUUGUUGGUUUAAACAAAUGAACCCAAACUUCACGUUUCUCUUCUCGCCAAAAACCGUUUGGCUGCCGGCGUCUGGUUGGAAACUGUCCGGCGGCGGUGUCCUGAAUGUCUCCAUCGAAGGGAAGGAAGCCGUGUUUCACGUGUUGCUGCUUCUUAGUGUUUACGUUGUGUCGCUUUGGGAGGAAAGUUUUUUUGUCUCCUGGUUUCCUUUGUCGCCGUUAGAGCUGCAGCUAACUGCUAACCGCUAAUUUACUGUCGAUUAUGUUCGGGGUUAAUCGUUAGUUUGUUUGGUCUCUAAAAUGGUGGAAAAUGUUUCCCCAAAGAUAAUUUAAUGUCGGAGGGAAAGUAUUUCUGUUAGCGAGUUAAGCUAACACCGGGAGCUAAUCUCUGAGGGUAUUUCAGUUUGUUUUCUUUCCUGAAUCUCUGAAGCGCAAAAACUAUGAAAACAUUCUUUACUAAUCUAGUUUGUAUUUUUACCACCAAGUCCAGACGCCACCAGAUACUCGGUCCAACAAACUCUGAGCUACAGAUCUGAUUCCCAAACAGUUAGUCAGUCAAGUUUUAAAAUGAAACCUGCUAAUUCUAGCCUAGUUAAGCUAAUAUUAGCCUAAAUAAGCGAAUGUUAGCCUAAAUAAGCUAUUGUUAGCUGGUCUGUUAUGCUAAAUCUGCCAAUUUUAGCCUAAAUAAGCUAGUGUUUGCUAGUCUAUUGCCCUGAUUAGGCUAAUGUUAGCCUUAAACGCAGCUAGUACUGGCUUAUAACAGGUAAAGUUAGCUGCUGCAUUAUCACCAGCUAAAGUUACCCCAAACUGGCUAAUGUUAGCUCUCAAAUAAAUCAGGCAAAUUCAAAAGCCAUCAGCUAAUCAGCUAAUGUUAGCUGGUCUGUUAGUCUAAAUAAGCUAAUGCUAGCCGUAAACAAAGCUAAUAUUUGCUUAAAACAGGUAACAUUAGCUGCUACAUUAUCACAAGCAAGCUAAUGUUAGCUCCUGUGAAUGUUAUGUGGGGAGCGAUGCUGCAACCGAUGCAGCUACACAGUUCACAAAUAAAUCAGUCAAAUUCAAAAAUGGAACCUUCUAAAUGUAUCCUUAGUAAGCUAAUGUUAGCCCAAAUCAGCUAAUGUUAGCUGGUCUGUUAUCCCAGAUAAGCUAAUAUUAGCCUAAAUCAGCUAAUGUUAGCUGAUCUGUUAUCCUAAAUAAGCUAAUGUUAGCUGGUCUGUUCUCCUAAAUCAGUUAAUGUUACCUGGGCUAUCUUACAUCAGCUAAUUUUAGCUGGUCUGUUAUUCUCAAUCAACUAAUUUUAGCAUAAAUAAGCUAAUGUUACCUGAUCAGUUAUCGUAAAUAAGCUAAUAUUAGCCUUAAACAAAGCUAAUACUGGCUUAUAACAGGUAACAUUAGCUGUUACAUUAUCACAAUUCAGCUAAUGUUAGCUGGGCUGCUAUCCUACAUCAGUUAAUGUUAGCUGGUCUGUUAUACUGAAUGAGCUAAUUUCAGCCUAAAUAAGCCAAUGUUAGCUGCACUAUUAUCCUAAAUCAGCGCUAGUUUUUUAUUAGCUAAUGUUAGCUGGUCUGUUCUCCUAAAUCAGUAAUGUUAGCCUUAAAGGAAGCUAAUACUGGCUUUAAACAGGUAGCAUUAGCUGCUGCAUUGUCACCAGCUAAAGUUAUCCCAAACCAGCUAAUGUAAGCUCUUGUGGUGGGAACGAUGCUACAACUGAUGCAGCUAUCACAGUUCACAUAUAAGCGAACGUUCGCUGUUGCAAUAGGCUAAACAAAGUUACAUUAGUUAGCCUAUAAUGCUAACGUUAGUCUCAACCAGCUAACAUGAGCUUAAACAUGCUAGCAUUAUAUUAAACCAGCUAAUGUUUGUCUAAACUAGCUAACAUUGUUAUGAAUGUGUUUAGGUUAAUUUAAUGAUACAACAGAUGCAGCUAUCACAGAUCACAAAUAAGCAAGUGUUAGCGGUUGCAAUAGGCUAAACAAAAUUACAUUAGUUAGCCUAGAUAUGCUAAUCUUAGCUUAAACUAGCUAACUUUAUCUGUUAUGCAACAGAUGUUGCUUUCACAAGUUCACAAACAAGCUAACUUUAGACUCUGUGUUAGCCUUAGCCGCUACAUCAAAAUCUAAAAUCCUUAGUUUCACAGGAAGAAUUCUUUAAAUGAUCCAGUUUUUGAUCCUGUGACGGAGAAAAGUUCCUGCAGCUCGAUGUGGAGACAAAAAAACCAAAAACCCAAAACUCCCAAAACGUAAAAAGAUGUUUAACUAGUUUUUCUGUUUCAUGAUCAUCAGAAUCAAAGAUGGUUGUCGUCUGAACAAAAACAAAAUGAGAUGUUAUUUUGCAUUUUCUGUUUUUGUAAAAAAAAAAAAAAAAAAAAAAAACAAGAAAAAUUCCUCCAGCUGACAGUUUGUCGGUUUGGAAAAAUUAGAUAAUAUUAAUAUAUGAGAUGUUUUAUUUAAAGAGAUUAAAAUCUGUUGGUUUCUCUGAAUGACGACGAAGAAACUGAGCAGGAAGUUUCAAUUUGAGUCAGAAAUAUUCAGACGACCAAAGACAUUUAAUUUAUUUCAUCUGGAAGCAGAGAACCAUCAGAAUAAGACAUUUGUUGUUUGUCUUGUUAUUUCCAUCUUAAUUUAAUUUCAUGAUACCUCAGUAUCUUCACUUUUUCCCAUAAGAUAAAUUACCAAAAUAAACAUUCAAACACAAUGAAAUAUUUAUGUUGUUAUCAAAAAUAGUUCCAACAGAAUAACUUGUCUUUUAGAUUCAACAUUAUUUGGAUUUUUUGAGUAUUUCUAAAAUCUCACGAAUGUUUUGAGGCAUAUUUGGAGAUAAAUGUCAAAUUAUUUCGCAAAUUUAAUAUUAUAAAGUUGAAAUACUAAGACUCUGCACACUGACAUGAUAAAUAAAGUAUCUCUUAUUUUGAAAAUAUCAGUAGAUUGAUCUCUGGAUAAUUACCUCUAGGAAGAACAGAUUUCUUCUUGUGAAGUCGAGAUUUUCUGUUGAGAAAUAUUUUUGCAAUUAUGUCAAAAUCUUGACAUAAAUUAGUUUUGAUGAAAACUCAAACAUCAGAAACAGUCAAUUUUUGUUUCCUACGAGAUAAAAAAAAUGGUGGCAGUGAAAGUAUUUCAUUAUCUCGAGAUAAGAGGAAGAAAUAUGAAAUGAUGUUAGAUUUUCAGAAUAUUUUUCCAGGUUUGAUGAAAUCACCAGUUAAUUCUUCUUUUUCCCAUCAAAGCAAAACUUUUAUCUUGAGAUCUCAGUUAAUUAUCUCAAAAUAACAUCUGAAUAAUUUUCUUUUUUCACAAAGAAACAAAAGUUAAAGCGUUUAUUUUAAUUUUUGUGUUUAAUGUUUUCCAAACAACAAAUUAAAUCAUGAAACUGAUCAGUAUUUCGAUAUAAAAUGUUGAAAUGUGACGUUUUGAGAAAAUAACUCGACAUAUUCAGGAAAUAUUUCAGUAUUUCCCUCACAGGUUAUUUACCUGACAAAAUCUAGUAGUUAAAUGAUCUUAUUUAAAAAGAGUAACAGAUUUAUUUCAUUAUCUCAAAAUUUCAGGAAGUUUACAUCCCUAAAAUAUUAGUUUUCUCAUAAAUACUGAGACUGUCUGCACACCGACAUGAUAAAUAAAAUAUCUUAUUUUGAAGAUAUCUGUAGAUUGAUAUCUGGAUAAUUAUCUCUUUAGAAAUAACAAAUUUCUUCUAGUGAAGUCGAGAUUUUCUGUUGAGAAAUAUUUUUACAUGUUAUUUAUGUCAAAAUCUCAACACAAAUUAGCUUUAAUGAAAACUCAAACAGUCAAAUGUUGUUUCCUACGAGAUAAAAAGGAAAUGUCAGAGACAGUGCAAGUAUUUCAUUAUCUCUAGAUAACAAGAAGAAAUCAUGAAAUGAUGAUGACAGAUUUAAAAACUAUUAAUUCCAGGUUUGAGGUAAAUACCAGUUAAUUUUUCUUUUUCCCAUCAAAGCAAAACUUUUAUCUCUUUAUCUUGAGAUCCCAGUUAAAUAUCUCAAAAUGACAUCUGAAUAAUGAUUUUUCACAAAGAAACCAAACUUAUAGAGUUUAUUCUAGUUAUACCGUUCUAACAGCAACAUUAAAUCAUGAUAACUGAUCUUUAUGUCGAGAUAAAAUGUUGAAAUGUGAUCUUGUGGGAGAGUAAGUCGACAUUGAUGAAAUAUUUCAGUAUUUCCAUCACAGGUUAUUUACCUGAAGAUAUCCAAUAGUUAAAUGAUCUCAUUUAAAACCAGAAACAGAUUUAUUUCUUAAUCUUGAAAUUUCAUGAAGUUUACAUCCCAGAAUUAUUAGUUUUCUCAUAAAAAUAUCAAUUUUUCUUUUUAUCUCGAGAAAACGAUCUUUUGUUUUCCUGCAGUAACAAGAUAAAGGACAUGAAUAAUUCUGAAUACAUGGGUUCUACCUUUUUAUGUUCCAGUUUUUACGUUUAGACGUUUUUUGGGUUCUUUAGUUUUUCUAACAUCUGAUGUCUUCAGUUUUAGUUUGUGUUUCUGGUUGGUCUGUAUUUCUGCUGACUCGUCGUAGCGCCACCUGCUGGCAAUUUGAAACCAAAUCCUGAAGGAACUAAACUAAAGCUCCUGGUUCUCUUCCAGCAGGUUUUAGUUCCUCGGGUUUUGGUUUCUUUUCGUCCGUUCUGGUUUUGGUUUGUUAGAAAUCUGAUCUGCAGGUUUCUCUUAUGUUUGCACUUGAUUGUUGAUUUCUAUCGAUGCCUCUGGUUUGUAAAUACUUCUUUUGGUAAAGUUUUCUAUAAACAAGGACGUGGACUCAA